AUUCCGAUGUGGACCCCGGAUACGAGCCCCAAAUCCCGGCGAGGAAUCCUGAGGAGGGCGGUGUUCUCGGAUGAGCAGAGGAAGGAGCUGGAGAAAACUUUCAAAAGACAGAAAUACAUCAGCAAGACAGACAGGAACAAACUGGCAGCAGAUCUCAGCCUGAAGGAAUCCCAGGUGAAGAUCUGGUUUCAGAACCGGAGAAUGAAGUGGAGGAACUGUAAGGAGAAGGAGGGCCACAGCUGCCGCUCCCCCAUGGAGGAGCUCAUGUCCCGGGGCUGCAACCAGGAAGAAGAACGCAAGGGGGCACCAGAGAGCACGGGCACGCCAUCAGACAGCUCACCGUCACAGCAGCAGGACUCGGACACAGGUGUUACCACAGAGAAAGAGUCAUGCAAGGAACCUGCGACUUUGAAACAGCCACUGAGUCCACACAGAUACACUAUGACCUCUGACCCCUGAGAGGAUGAGAGACUGAAAGAUGGGCGUUGAGCAUUGGAUAAAACGACUAACUUCAUAACAAUAAAAUCUUGUCAUUUUAAUAUUGUGUGGAUUGCUAUUGUGUAGUAACAUUUUCUAGACUGACUGCAAGUGUUUUGGAAACUUUAUUAUAUCAUACACUGUAUAUAAACACAAACUGAAGGUUAGUCAGCUACACACAACCAUGUACAAAUGCUUUAACAUGUAAGACUGUAUUCAGAAUAUUUAUUUGAC